GUGACUCUAGCACAUGGCCGACAGCCCUGAGUGGGUGAGAGGAGGUGUGAUCGCCACCCCUCAGGGUGGGGGUCACCAGAUUUUUCUGCUCUUCCUUUUUCUGUGGGAGCACAUGACGAGCUCUUAGGGCUCAGGAAACACUACAUGAAGGUGACGAUGACCAGAGAAUGUGCUCUUCUCUGUCAGAUGGUCAUUGCAGCUCCUUUUGUGUAAAGGCCCACCCCACCCUUUGUCUGCUGAACUGUUUGCCAUAAGUAUGUAUUAAUUUUUCCAUUAAAAAAAGUGAAUUAAGAGUGAACAACAACAAAAAAGAGUAAACAACAGCUGCAGAGGUGGAUAGAGAUUGCACCCAAAUUUCUGCCUAAUGAACUUUUAGGUUCAUUUUAUGAAAAUGUAUUAGAUACUAGGUACAUAGUCGAAUGCAUAUGAGGAAUAUAGACUCAGAAGUGUACACUGGGGGAUGUCCCAGAGGGUGCACAAUGUGGACCCUCCCCUAGAACACCCCAAGACGUGCUCUGUCUGUCUGUGCCCCGAUGCCUGCAGUGAUAGAAGUCCUAGUAUGGCUUCAAAAACAGCCCGUUCUUAAGUGGUUUUGGCCCACUUAUAAUUAUUAGUGUUCUUUCCUUAGGCUCGACUCAGUUUCUGAGUUGUAUCUUCUGAAGCUGCUCUCUCUCCCACGUGACAGCCCUCCAGAUAGCUGAAGCCCCGACACGAAUGUCACUUCCAGCCUGCACAGCCCCUCCUCGUACAGGUGCUGUGGACCAGGAGGCUGAGAGCCGGCAGCAGCCUGCACCGCUCACAGCACACAGCACGCUGUCGGCCUCACACGGGGGCCCGUCUCAAGUGUUUGUGUGGAUGACGUGUGCACAGAAGAAGGGGUUUGGGCGGGAGAAGGGCUUCCUCGGAGGGCAGCGUCUGGUCUCUACAGGAAGCUGAAGUGAAAGGAUCCGGGGAAGAGGUCCCCGCAUCCAUGGACACAAUGACCAAAAGCCGGUUCUUCCGCCUGUGGCUGGUCUUGGGGUCCGUCUUCAUGAUCCUCCUGAUCAUCGUGUACUGGGACAACAUGGGCACCGCCCACUUGUACCUGCACACUUCCCUCUCCAGGCCUCACAUCCUGCAGCCCUUCCCCAGCCCCAAGCCAGGGGACGGUAAGUAUUUCACCGCCAGCAUUGAGGAGAUCUUGGAGAAGCUCCUCAGUGCUCAUGCGAAGCAGAACAUCCUUCUGGGUAGAAAGGUGGAGCAGCCCUCCCUGCUGGCCUCCAGCAAGCCUGUGCUCAGCAACAUGGAAGAGAGUGUGAGGGGCUACGACUGGUCCAGCCACGACGCCCAGCAGAGCCCGGACCCAGACGGGCGGCAGGCCGAACGGAGGAGCGUGCUGAGGGGGUUCUGCGCCAAUGCCAGCUUUGUGUUUCCCGCCAAGGAGCGCUCUUUCGAUGACAUUCCCAACUAUGAGCUGAACCACCUCAUCGUGGACGACCGCCACGGGGUCAUCUACUGCUAUGUGCCCAAGGUGGCCUGCACCAACUGGAAGCGCGUGAUGAUCGUCCUGAGCCAGAGCCUCUCGGACCAGGGCACGCCCUACCGUGACCCCCUGGACAUCCCCCGGGAGUACGUCCACAACUCCAGCACCCACCUGACUUUCAACAAGUUUUGGCGCCGCUACGGGAAGUUCUCCCGCCACCUCAUGAAAGUUAAGCUGAAAAAGUACACUAAGUUCCUGUUCGUGCGGGACCCCUUCGUCCGCCUCAUCUCGGCCUUCCGCAGCAAGUUCGAGCUGGAGAACGAAGAGUUCUACCAGAAGUUCGCCGUCCCCAUGCUGAAGAGGUACUCCAACCACACCAGCCUGCCCAAGUCGGUCAGCGAGGCCUUCAGUGCAGGCCUCAGGGUGUCCUUCGCCAACUUCAUCCAGUACCUGCUGGACCCUCACACCGAAAAGCUGGCGCCCUUCAACGAGCACUGGAGGCAGGUGCACCGCCUCUGCCACCCCUGCCAGAUAGACUACGACUUUGUGGGGAAACUGGAGACCCUGGACCAGGAUGCCACCCAGCUGCUCCGGCUUCUCAAGGUGGACAGGCUGCUCCAGUUCCCCCCGAGUUACCGGAACAGAACUGCCAGCAGCUGGGAGGAAGGCUGGUUUGCCAAAAUUCCCCUGGCCUGGAGGCGGCAGCUUUACAAACUCUACGAAGCAGACUUCGUCCUCUUUGGCUACCCCAAGCCUGAAAAUCUACUUAGAGACUGAAGGCGUUAGGGGGAAAUCCUGAACACCAAAAAAAAAAAAAAAAGUGCUUGUGUUGUUACUUUAAACCUGAACGAAGGGCCUGUGGUACCGCGACCACCUCCCGGAGGAUGGAGCAAUGCGUCGCUGCGUGUAUUUUUAUGUGGCUUUGUUUCUCUCCUGGUGUGACACAUCGCAGAGUUCCACAGUGCUCCUGUUGGCGAGUCAGCUGGAAACACCUGGAAUUGACCACACCCACACUCUCGUUUGUAAAAUACCCUGCGAUUUUGCAGUCUAGACUUGCUGUUUACUCCCUCCCUGUAUUCAUCGAGUACUGUGUUAAUAUUGUUUUUUAAGAUUAAUAUAUUUCAGAUAUUUAAUAUGAAAAGUGGAGAAGGAAAUGGUGGAGUAAAAGGUUACA